AUUUUCACUGAGUAAAAAAGUUCCAAUGUGUUUAUCCCAUUCACUAAAAUGACUUUAACACCAACAUCAUUUUUUGGUAAUCACAUUUUUUUAUAUUUAUUUGUGUUUCUAUUAAUUUCAGUUUACAAUCUUACACCUCCCACUCUCGCCAUCACCACCACAACCAACACCACCACAAUCACCGAUACCAACACCAACACCACCACGAACACAAUCAUCACCAACAAAACUACAACAAUCACCACUACCUUACCAACUUUUACCUUUAAUUUACCUUCUUAUCCACCUACUCCACCUAUUUGUCAACCUUUAGUGGUUUCAAUUGAUUAGAUUAACAAGAAAAACAAAACAAAAUCUAAUCUUGUGUUUUAAGUCCCGUUAUUUAUAUUUAAAACAUUGUGAUCGACAAUUUUUUCCCAUUCACCUGAAUUUAUUGGAUCAUCAUCGAGCCAUCAUCACCUUUUAAACCCUCAUCUAUCAUCUUGUAACCUUUACCAUCUCAUAAUCCAUUAUCUUCAUCACUCUCAUCCUCAUCUUCAUCAUCUUGAAUAUCUUCAGAUACAAAAUCAGUGGCUUCUUGUUUUACUUUGAUGUUUUUAAUUUAAUUUCCAAUGUUGACCAAAGUCAUUUAAACGAUACCUGGUUUAUCAACCUUAAACAUUGAAAGUUGUCUUAAUUGUGAUCAAAUCUAAACAAUCACCCAACAAACACCCAUAAUGGAUACAACAACAACACCAACAACCAAAACCCAAACACCAGCGACUAAAUCACUUACAGAUCGUAAAUUUAAGUGUCCCGAAUGUGGUAAAGCUUUUAAAUUCAAACAUCACCUCAAGGAACACAUAAGAAUCCACUCAGGUGAUAAACCCUUCCAAUGUUCCCACUGUGGUAAACGUUUCUCCCACUCUGGAUCAUAUUCAUCACAUUUAACAAGUAAAAAAUGUUUCAAAGUUAAUCUCAAAGUGUCCAACACCAACACCAACAUAAACACCACCAACAACAACCACAAUCACAACCAAAACACCAACAAAAACAACAACAAUAUUAACCAUGUAAACGAUAAUAAUAAUAACAGUAUAAUGAAUACCUCAACUAAUGGUAGUGUCAAUGGCAAUUUAAUUUCUCCUAGUGCUGUUAACAAUAUUCUUAAUCAUCAUCACAAUUUAAUUGCUAACAAUCUUAGCCAUCAUUUUACCAACACAAACCUUGGUAAUCAUCACUCUCACUCUCAUUCUCAUCAUUCUCAACAACAACAACAACAACAACAUAACAAUUUAAUUACAAACAACAACCACAACCACAACCACAACAACAACAACAAUGUAAACAAAAACAUUAACCAUUUGCCAACUUGUUCCCCACAGGAAAUUAAACCGUUCCAAUUACCACCGUACCAAUGUCCACCGUACCAUUUACCGCCUUAUACGUUACCACCGUACCAUUUACCAACCACAGCAACGUUUCAUAACACUUUCACCGAGAUUGCUCAGGUUCUGCUGGAAUCUCAGAGAACCCUAAAUAAUGUUCAUAGUUUAUCUAAAUUAAAAUCAAGCCUGUCCACUACAAUUACUGCAAUUCCCACCAUAAUUAAUGGUAACUGCAACGCUCAUCAUUUAAAUCACCAUUUACAAAACAUCAACACCAACAAUCAUCAUCGUAACAACAACAAUACAAUUGAUUGUUUGAACAGUGCCAACAACAACAACAACAAUCACAGUAAUAUAAGUAAUUACUCAAAGAUUAACAAUCUACACCACCGGUCAAAUAAUAACGGUAAUAGCGGCAUCACCUGUAGUGGUAAUAAUAACAAUGGUGAUACAACAAUUACUGUAUUACCUUUGAUUAAUAAUCGUAAAUUAAUUUGUGAUGAUGAUUUUAUUGAUCGUUUUGAAGCUCCACUUGAUUUAUCUGUAAAAAAAGAUACAUCUAAAUCCGUUCCAACUGAUUUGUCAUGUAAGAAAAGGCCACUGGUCAGUGAUGAUGAUGAUUCAGUCAACACCAAUAAUAAGAAUACCAGUAAAAAUAAAAGUAAAUUAACUCGGUGGUGGUGGUGGUGGAAGUCUCAGGUAUCAGUUACAACACCUACACAACAACAAGUAAAUUGUUCACCAAUUGGACAGAUAAAAAGUCAAUCAAAUCAUCAGCACCAUCCACGAAAACAAUCACCGAUUCCGUUACCAUCAUCAGCAUCUCCGGUUGAAGGUACAUUAGCACCAACGACACCACAACAACCCAAACCCAAGAACCAGAGACAACCAACAACCUCAUCUUCACCCUGUUCGAGUCAACAAAGUAGCCCAAUGUCACCAAUGUCACCGACGCAAUUAAACACAAUCAACAACACUACAACUAACAACAGUGUUAAAAGUUCACCAGCUCGUUCACAAAAUGAUCCUUUAGAUGAUUCAAAUUGCCAAUCACCAUCAUCUAACCAGAAUAGUGAUCAUCUUCAUCACCAUCAUCACAAUAAUCAACAAUUACAAUCUAGUAUUACACCAGCAAGUAGCCUUAUUUCAAACACUAAUUCAUCUUCACCGAUUGAUUUAUACAAUUCAGAGACCAUUUUAAGUUGUGAUAAAUGUGAGAAAACUUUCAACAAAUCAAGCUCAUUGGCUCGACAUAAAUAUGAACAUUCCGUUGUGAUCACCUUUAACCCCAUCAUGGAAACAACAACAACAACAACAACAACAUUUAAAUCAUUUACAAACCGUAAAUUUAAGUGUCCCGAAUGUGGUAAAGCUUUUAAAUUCAAACAUCACCUCAAGGAACACAUAAGAAUCCACUCAGGUGAUAAACCCUUCCAAUGUUCCCACUGUGGUAAACGUUUCUCCCACUCUGGAUCAUAUUCAUCACAUUUAACAAGUAAAAAAUGUUUCAAAGUUAAUCUCAAAGUGUCCAACACCAACACCAACACCAACAUAAACACCACCAACAACAACCACAAUCACAACCAAAACACCAACAAAAACAACAACAAUAUUAACCAUGUAAACGAUAAUAAUAAUAACAGUAUAAUGAAUACCUCAACUAAUGGUAGUGUCAAUGGCAAUUUAAUUUCUCCUAGUGCUGUUAACAAUAUUCUUAAUCAUCAUCACAAUUUAAUUGCUAACAAUCUUAGCCAUCAUUUUACCAACACAAACCUUGGUAAUCAUCACUCUCACUCUCAUUCUCAUCAUUCUCAUUCUCAACAACAACAACAACAACAACAACAUAACAAUUUAAUUACAAACAACAACCACAACCACAACAACAACAACAAUGUAAACAAAAACAUUAACCAUUUGCCAACUUGUUCCCCACAGGAAAUUAAACCGUUCCAAUUACCACCGUACCAAUGUCCACCGUACCAUUUACCGCCUUAUACGUUACCACCGUACCAUUUACCAACCACAGCAACGUUUCAUAACACUUUCACCGAGAUUGCUCAGGUUCUGCUGGAAUCUCAGAGAACCCUAAAUAAUGUUCAUAGUUUAUCUAAAUUAAAAUCAUCCCUGUUCAACUCAAUUCCAUCUCUAAUCAAUGGAAAUGCUCAUCAACAACUUUCCAUCAAUCCAUUUGACCCUUUCAACAUAUUCACUGUCAACAAUCAAUGGAUGAAUCGUUCAAACGACAUUAAUGUCAAUAGUGGCCUCUCCUGUAAUAAUGACAACGAGGAUAAAUCAGUCGCUCUAUUACCUUCGCUUGAUUAUUCACAAUCAAUUUUCGAUGAUGAUUUUAUUGAUCGUUUCGAAGCACCACUUGAUCUAUCUUUAAAAAAAGAUACUUUCAUGUCCGUUCCAACUGAUUUGUCAUUCAAGAAAAGACCAAUGGUCAGUGAUGAAGAUUCAGUGAACAGUAAUAAUCGAAAUACCAGUGAAAUGGAAAGUGCAUUAACUUUUGAUUGUAAUUAUAUUGAUAAUAUCGAAAGUAAUAUUUGUUUGCAAACAAACAAACUCUCAAAACAAUCAAAGUAUCAACACCAUCCAAGAAAACGAUCUAUGAUACCGUUACCAUCAUCAGUGCCGAUGAGUGGCCUCAUCUCGAUCAUCAAUUCAACUUCACCGGUUGAUUUAUCUCAUCCUGAGACCAUUUUAAGUUGUGAUAAAUGUGAGAAAACCUUCAACAAAUCAAGCUCAUUGGCUCGACAUAAAUAUGAACAUUCCGGACAACGUCCACACAAAUGCGAUGUUUGUAGUAAAGCAUUUAAACACAAACACCAUUUAACUGAACAUAAAAGACUUCAUUCAGGAGAGAAACCAUUUCAAUGUAAAAAAUGUUUGAAACGCUUUUCCCAUUCAGGAUCAUAUUCUCAGCAUAUGAAUCACCGAUACUCUUAUUGUAAACCCUAUCGAAAUUAGCAUCUCUCACCUUUAACCAUCUUCCUUUCUCCCUUUCUCCCUCUUCCCCUCUCUCUCUCUCCUCUCACUCUACACAACAACAACAACAAUAACAACAACUUGUAAACCUUUGGACUUCUGGAUAUUCAUUACCACAGUUCAUCUCAUCUUCAUCUUCAUCUGCAUCUCCAUCAUCUUCAUCUUCAUUCAUCUUCCAAGACAUUCUUAGGCCUAAAAACAACAAUGAAGCAAAACUUUUAAUCUCUACAAAAAAUUAAAUCAUCUCUCUACUUUUUUGAUCUUUAUCAUGAUGACCUUCAUUCCUUUUAAAUGAUCAUCUUCACAAUCAAGUCCUCUUGUUAUGGUUAUACCUUCAUUCUAAUCAUUAAUCAAGUAUAAACAAUUGAUUAGCUUCUAUUGUCCAUCUUUAAUUCAGAUUGUAUUUUAUCAAUUCUAAAAUGCUAUAUGUGUUUUCUACACACAAAAGACUUUAAAAUAAACAUUCAUUUAUAAAUCAUCUUA